UGACUCUCGUCUAACUCGUGAAUCGUGAAUUCCAAUAGGUUCACGCCGUUGUCCUUAACUCUCCUCCUCCUCGUGUUAUCACUGUAAUACCACCAGAAUUCGCGUGCACAAUGUCACAUCAUAUAGGCAGCACUGUCUUACACUCCGUCAGGCGAAUGGCUACGCUACACAAACCUACGCUAACAGGGAAAAGGUGUGCUGGUCACAUCGGACAUCAUUCAACUCGUUAACGCGAAAUUCCAGUCCUACAGCUAUAGUUAUGUUGAACAUGGGGGGACCUUCGACGGUACCAGAAACCUAUGACUUCCUCAAAAACCUAUUUAUGGACGGCGACUUGAUCCCGUUGCCUUUUCAACGUUUUAUAGCUCCUCUCAUUGCCAAGCGGCGGACACCUCAAAUCGAGAAGCAGUAUGCUGACAUUGGCGGUGGUUCUCCCAUUCUCAAGUAUACAGAGAUGCAGGGUGCUGGUAUGUGUGAACUUCUGGAUGAGCUGCACCCAGAAACUGCUCCGCACAAACCUUAUGUCGCGUUUCGUUAUGCGAACCCGCUGACACAGGAGACUGCACAGAGGAUGAAGGCAGAUGGUGUAAAGAGGGCAAUUGCAUUCACACAGUAUCCACAGUACAGCUGUAGUACAACUGGAAGCAGUUUGAAUGAACUUUUCAGACGAGGGAGGGCAGGCGAGAUGGGUGACAUCGAAUGGAGCGUGAUAGACCGCUGGGGUACUCAUCCAGGAUUCAUUGAGGCUGUUGCACAAAAUGUCGAGGCUGCCUUGGCCAAAUUUCAACCAUCAGCACGCUCAGACGUGGUCAUUCUGUUUUCGGCUCACUCAUUACCUAUGUCGGUAGUGAACCGAGGCGACCCAUAUGUUCUUGAGGUUUCCGCAUCUGUCAACGCCGUUAUGGACAGACUCGGCCACUCAAACCCAUAUCGUCUUGUUUGGCAGUCACAAGUUGGACCUUCCGCGUGGAUGGGCAUGCAGACAGGGGAGGCUAUCAAGGGUCUUGCUCGUCUCGGAAAGAAGGAAGCCAUUCUAGUCCCUAUUGCCUUCACGAGCGAUCAUAUUGAAACACUCUACGAGCUGGAUCUCGAGUAUUUGAAAGAGGGAAAGGAGCUGGGGAUGGAGAUACAUCGCGCAGAGUCAUUGAAUGGAUCUCCUGUGUUCAUCCGUGCGUUAGCAGAUAUUACUGCACAGCAUCUGCGUGACUAUUCUGCGAGGAGGGUUGGGCCUACGAGCGUGCAGAUGGGGCUUCGGUGCCCGGGCUGUAAAAAUAUGACUUGUAGCCAACAGAAACAUUGGUUCGCCCGUGCUGGACGUUCCUAGCCGUUCAUUACAUAUGACGUAGAAAAGCUGCCUCAGGCUGUUUUGCCAAAUCACGAAUCGCGUGAUUCUAAGGACCAAUCAACGCGUUCCCCGAACAAUCACCAGACCCGAGUACA